AGGUAGGAUCUCACAAUGGGGCCACACCCAGUUGCUCAGUCCCGCCCUCUCCACCUCAUAAUGGCCAAAGGGUUAAAUAGACAAGCCCCUGGCCUGCGGCUCUUCAAAGCCCCCAGACUGGCAGCGAGCAACAUGUCUACCAACAGGAGGAUGAAAAGCAAAGGAGGGAGGAGAAAUAAGAGCAGAGCUCCUCACAAGGGGGUGAAAAGAGCUGGUUCUAAAAGGAAAUAUCGUAAGACUGGGCUGAAGAGCAGAAAGAGAAGUGAUGAAGCUCACAGGACUUACCGUUCCAACUUGUGAUCCCACCAAGAGCUCAGAGCUGCUGGACUUAGCAACAUCAGUCCACAGUGAAAAAAAGGACAGGGGGUCUGCCAGGGGAACCAGAGGUUCGAUCAGAGAAGGAAAACAUAUUGAAUUGGGGAAAAUCCAGGCUUGAGGAAAUAAGGAAUGUAUAAUGGCGUUUUUUUCCCCCCUAAUAACAUCUCAAUAAAAUUUAGAAACCUGGUAAAAACAAAAAA